AUGAUUACUCCAGUUGAGACAGAGACUGAAAUCAAUAUUUUCAAGCAACCGAACAUUCCAACACCCGAACAGAUAGAAGCACUUAUUAAAGAAUUAUUGUCAACUACAAGGAAGCCUCCCCAAGCAGUUCCUGUUACUGUUGAAUCUCCAUCUGAGAGUGAUAAAGACAAACCAAAUGCCUCCCUGGUGCCAAAGAAGCGAAGACAUAAUCAAGGUCCAACUGUUGAACCAGCCCAAGUUCAUCAAGGCAUUCAAAUCCCAACUUUUGACGAUGACCUCAACUUCGUAACAAAUGAGGAAACUUUUGCCUCAUGGAGCUCUUCUGCCCCACCACCUCCAGAGCACGAUGCUGCAUCUGUCAAGUUCGCCAAGCUACUUGCCUUUCAAGAUUUUAUUCCUCAAUCAAAAGGGAAGGGAAUUUCUAUUGGAUCAUGGCAUGGAGGUGAUGAAGACUCUCAAAAAACCAUUUCUGAGCUUAAACAAGAGAUCGUUCAUUUGAAGCAGGAGUCCAUUGAGAAGGACUUGCUGAUUGGAAGUUUGGAUGUGAGGGUUUCAGAGCUUGAGAAAGAAAAUUCUCAAAAGAAUAAGCAGGUCUCAGGCCUUCAAGCCAAUCUUGGCGGGUUGACAGCUCGUUACUAUGAUGUAUAA